AUGAAUCGUCAGAUUUCUUACAGCGGACCUCUAGCGACAUCUUCCUUUCCUGUCCGAAAGCCACAAUUUGACACUGUCCCUUUCCCUCGCACUUUCUCACCCUGCAAUUUCUCUUCUUCACUUCCAUCUGGCCCCUUGAAUCAUCCACUGCCCCAAAAACCUCGCACUUCCAAGUACUUUUUCCAUGCAUACACUCCACCUGACCGUGAUCUUGUAAUCCCACCCGACAGCACCACAUCUCAACACAACAAUCACGGCGAAUGCGUUCCCGUCAACGACGAGCCCGAGUUCCCUUCAGACCAUCAAAUUGGGUUGCUUGGCAGCCCCAUAGCAGAGUACAUUAUCUCACUGCCAAGCGAAGAUACCUUCUUGCUUGCGCAGAAUCACGAUCCAUGCGGGCGUAAGUUGUUAGUGUCGCCGCGGUGUGCCGACGAUGGGAUAUGUCAUGCCGACGCCAACCCAGCGUCUGAAGUUCCUGAGAAACUCCCUUGCACCUGCGAAAGUUCUGGCGGUGAUAGCAUAAGCGAAAAUGAUGGUGACGGUCUCAUGAGGCGUUGUGCGCUUUUUGAAGGCGAGGUAGGCUUGCUGGAUGUACUCCUAUCGAAGGUCCAGCCCUCAUUCGGGCAGGUGGCUGAAACAUCCCCUCCACAGCUCAACCGUCAAGUCGAGAGCGCCCGAUCAAACCCUACCAACCGAAAGAGGCCCGCAGUCGCUGCGUUGGAGACGGAUGAGAAAGCAAGUGAUCCUCGAACAAGGGCGAGAGUUAGAGCUGAAGCAUCUGAAGCAUCCAGUACAUUGCCUACUCCCCGUAGUGCUCGACCUUACUCAGCGGCCGAAGAUAAGGUCUUACAGAAAUUGGUGGCUAGAGGGCUUGCCUGGGACGAAGUUGAGAAGGAGUUUUAG